GUGUCUUUAUCAGGGCAGUGAUUAAAGUGUUAUGUCUGAUUGGCUUCUGCAAUACUUUGUUUUUGUUCACCUAUGCACAAUUAAUUAAAAGUGAAGUAUUCGGAAUUAGGACUUGAUUUUAUACGGCAUUUUCCAUACUUUCACACCCAAUAGCCGAUGUAUUUUUUGGGGUGUGUGCAUGCAAAACUAACCUCCCGCGGGUUUGGAACAACCCAUACUGAUUUCCAAGAAAUGUGUGAAAUCAUCCCGUCAAGUACAAAUACAUUUGUGUACGUCUUAUAAAUAGAAUAUUAAAAGGUUAGAGGACAUUUUCCUACGCAACGACAAACACGAGGCAUAGUUCAGCCAGCUAAGAUUACGCUAAUGUUCGCGAACUAGUUGAUUGGUACACAUUUGCUUUACCGUGAAGCGCAUACGUUAAUCUGGACGAUGGUUUUUUGACUAGAUCUGGCUGAAUUGAAACGGUGGAUUUUCUCUAAACUAGAACAUUGAUUAAGCAAGAUUUUGUUGGUAAUAAUUAAUUCCUCCUGAUACAGCAUGUUAAGUCUCCUGGUACCUGCAGUCCUGUUGCUUCUCUGCAUACAGAACGGAGUGACUUUUACCUGUACAGACAGAGGAUCUCAGUGUUCGCACGAAACCUGUUCUAGUAGACAUAUUAUGGACUGCAUGAAGACGUGUGGUAUUUGCACAGACGCCGACUGUGUAGAAGGAUACUUCAGAAUACAGAACCCAGACGAACCCUGUCGUCCGUGUGAGGAAGCAACAGUAGAAGACAAAACCAAAGGGACGUUUCAAAACAAUUGUCCACAAUGUCAAACUAGUGGGAGACGUGGUCCAGAUUGCAAACAUAACUGCAGUGAAGGAUGCGUACAAAAGAAAUGUGAUCGAUGGACUGGUGCCUGUGAGAGGUGUAAAACUGGCUAUUGUGGAAGUAUAUGUUUCAAACGUGGACACUGUGAUGUCUGUGAUGAUCGAGGUGUCUGCAGUGGUAGCUGUCACCAAGGGUGGUUUGGAAUGUUAUGUAAGCUCCAUUGUCACGUGAAAUGCAAAAGAUGUGACAGGUCUACUGGACAAUGCUAUCAAUGUGCAGAAGGAUAUUCUGGUACUAACUGCACUGAACCCUGUCCAACAACAUGUAGGAGUAUAUCUUGUCAACAAGAUGGCACGUGUCCUGAAGGAUGUAAGGAUGGUUUCUAUGGAGACAAGUGCUCAAAAACCUGCAGCACCAAAUGUUUCAACAAACGUUGUCGCCAAACUAUCGGAUCGUGUGCAGAUGGUUGUCUUCCAGGUUACUCUGGAGAGAAGUGUGACAUAACGUGUCAUGGAAUGUGCCUUGCCAACUCCUGUGACAGCCCUAUGGGUAAAUGUAAAGAGGGUUGCAGCAAGCCCGAUGUGUACGGUCCUUUCUGUAACUAUACUUGUAAUGGUAACUGCGAGUCUGUGCGAUGUCAGAGUGAUGAGUCUGGUGAUGUUCUGUGUAGUGCUGAAUGCAUCAGUGGUAAAAUGGGAGACCACUGUACACAGGACUGCCCUGCGUAUUGUCACGGAUCAUGCGAUCAAAUAUCUGGUAGGUGUUUAAAAUUAUGCAGGUCUAGAAACGACUGCUCUGAAAAGUGCCCUGUUAACUGUCUCAUGGAGAACUGUCUCCAGGACAACGGCACCUGUACACAUGGCUGCAAACCAUCUUUCUAUGGAGCCACGUGUUCUAAGCUCUGCAGUAAGAACUGUACGAAAUCAGAGUGCCAUAUGGAUCCAGGACUAACCUGCGUGGAUGGAUGUGUUGGUGGGUGGAGAGAAAACUACUGUGAACAGAAGUGUCAAGACAAUUGUUCUGUUUGUGACCAACACUCUGGAAGAUGUAGUGGGUGCGUGGAGGGGCUCUAUAGGGAUAACUGCGAUAGUCUUUGUCCUGACGGGUGCUCUGUGUGUAAUCAGGUCACUGGAACAUGUAUGGCGCCCGGAGAUGAAGAUCAAAGAAAAAGCAUUGAUGGAAUGUAUAUGAACAUCACGAAACCUAACUUUGUGCUCCUGUGUUUGAUCGUGUCAGUCAUCGUUAUGAUUCUUGUUGGGGUUAUUGUGCACCUGAUACUCAGGCGGACGAAAUCCGAAAAACCAUCUUCUGAAGCACAUUCAUUGACAACCAUACACUCGACUUCUCACAGUUAUGACACGAUUGACGAUACUAGGUCAGUAACAGAUUACCAAACAAUUCCGAUGAACAUUGAGAGCUCCAUGACGUCACUACAGCUACCAUCUCAAGGAGAACUAUUUGAUGACGUUGAGGAACGUCAGUGGCUCAAAUGUAAUGGUCAUGCAACAGAUGACAUGCAGUCAAGUGGUUCCGUCAGUCCACCCUUGUGGGCUAAGACUUUAUGCGACCAGAUUUCACGGCUAAACCUGACUGUCAGUGAUAUUCACAAACGAACUGAAAGAUUAGAAAUCAUCGACAUCAAAGUGUGCACAAUCGAGAACACUACUAGUGUCAAAACGGCUCAUGAGCGAAUAUCUAAAGUAGAAGACAGCUGCCAAUUUAUAAGUAACACCUACGAUAAUAUGAACUCUGAAAUUAACCACCUCAAGAAAACAGUAGAUGAUCUCUCAAGAAACAUGAGCACUGCACAUGAAGACAUUCACUAUCUUUCCAAGAGUUUGAGUGAAACACAAAUGGAAUAUGACAAGGCACACGAUGAGAUACUUUACCUGCAACACAGGACCAUGAGGUUCAACAUCUUGUUCUAUGGGGUGCCAGACGGUGAGAAAAAUGAGGACACUGAAGCAGCACUGGGAACAGUUCUAGAGAAAGAGAUAGACAUAACUGAUGCUCCUGUACAGGUAACCCACAGGCUAGGUCCUUUCCGUGAUGCACAGCAUAAACCAAGGACAAUAGUGGCCCAUUUUGUCAGACUCCGAGACAAAGACAGAAUCUUAAAGGCUGCAAAAAAACUAGCCGGAAAACCAUUUGGCAUAAGAGUGACUUUUAAUUGUACAGACAGAGGUGGAUCUUUUUGUAUGCACGAGUACUGUUCUGAUACACAUCUUAUGUACUGCAUGAAGACGUGUGGUAUUUGUACAGACACUGACUGUGUAAAAGCAUACUUCAGAACUCAGAACCCAGACGAACCCUGUCGUCCGUGUGAGGAAGCAACAGUAGAAGACAAAACCAAACGGACGUUUGAAAACGAUUGUCCACAAUGUCAAACUAAUGGGAGACAUGGUGAAGAUUGCAAACGUAAUUGCAGUGAAGGAUGCGUACAAAAGAAAUGUGAUCGUUGGACUGGUGUCUGUGAGAGGUGUAAAACUGGCUAUUAUGGAGGCAAAUGUAUCAAAUGUGGACACUGUGAUGUCUGUGAUGACGAAGGUGUAUGCAAUGGUAGCUGUCACCAAGGGAGGAUUGGAAGCUUUUGUGAUUUGAUGUGUCCCAGUAAUUGCACCGGAUGUGACAGGUCUAGUGGAAAAUGCUAUCAAUGUCCAGAAGGAUAUUCUGGUACUUACUGCACUGAAAUCAGUCCCACAACACGUAGGAGUAUAUCUUGUCAACAAGAUGGCACGUGUCCUGAAGGAUGUAAGGAUGGUUUCUAUGGAGACACGUGCUCAAAAUCCUGCAGCACCCACUGUUUAAUCGAACGUUGUCACCAAGCUAACGGAUCGUGUGCAAAGGGAUGCAGCAGGCUCGAUGUGUACGGUCCUUUCUGUAACUAUACUUGUAAUGGUAACUGCGAGUCUGUGCGAUGUCAGAGGGAUGCGUCUGGUGAUGUUCUGUGUAGUGCUGAAUGCAUCAGUGGUAAAGUGGGAGACCACUGUACACAGGACUGCCCAGCGUAUUGUCACGGAUCAUGCGAUCAAACAUCUGGUAGGUGUUUAAACUUAUGUAGGUCUGGUUACUAUGGAAACGACUGCUCUGAAAGGUGCCCUGUUAACUGUCUCACGGACAACUGUCUCCGGGUCUACGGCACCUGCACCUAUGGCUGCAAACCUUCUUUCUAUGGAGCCACGUGUUCUAAGCGCUGCAGUAAGAACUGUAGGAAAUCAGGGUGCCAUAUGGAUCCAGGACUAACCUGCGUGGAUGGAUGUGUUGGUGGGUGGAGAGGAAACUACUGUAAACAGAAGUGUCAAGACAAUUGUUCUGUUUGUGACCAACACUCUGGAAGAUGUAGUGGGUGCGUGGAGGGGCUCUAUGGGGAGAACUGCGAUAGUCUUUGUCCUGACGGGUGCUCUCCGUGUAAUCAGGUCACUGGAACAUGUAUGUCGCCCGGAGUUGAAGGUCAAAGAAAAAGCAUUGAUGGAAUGUAUAUGAACAUCACGAAACCUAACUUUCUACUCCUGUGUUUGAUCGUGUCAGUCAUCAUUAUGAUUCUUGUUGGGGUUAAUGUUGGGGCUAUUGUGCACCUGAUACGCAGGCGGCCGACAUCCGAAAAAACAUCUUCUGAAGCACAUUCAUUGACAACCAUCCACUCAACUUCUCACAGUUAUGACACGAUUGACCAUAGUAAACCAGCAACGGAUUACCAAAGACUUCCGAUGAGCAUUGAGAGCACCAUGAUGUCACUAGAGGUACCAUCUCAAGGAGAAGUAUUUGAUGACGUUGAGGAACGUCAGUGGCUCAAAUGCAAUGGUCACGCAACAGAUGGCAGUGAGAGAUCUACGUCAUCGCUUUAUUUGCAUCCAGCUCAACCUGACGAAUCGCUGUAGGGAUUAAGGGGAAAUCUUACUAUCGCAUGCAGCGCCACUAUAUUGAGCAGCGGUAGACUCGUAAACUAGCAGCGCGACAGUGGCGUGACGUCACUAAGGAUAGGUUUAGCACUGAAAAUGCAGAGUGACGUAACACAAUACAGUCCGUCUAUAUCGGCUAAUAA